AUUGCGCUGCAUGCCUUUCAGUUCCCUGAAGGUGCGCUGUCGGUGAAGUAGCUGCCCUGCUGAGAAAAAAAAAAACAGGAAGAAGGAAAAAAAUCCAAAUAUUGGCUAGAGAACAAAUAUCAGAAAGCGAGAAGUGAAAGAGGAGGAAACUGGGGCACAUUAGUGACACGCAUUAACAUCGGCAGGCAGGAGAAGCUGAAGAGAGUGAAGAAGAGGAAGGAGAUGAAGAGCGAGGAGAGAAGGACAAGAAGUGACAAGACGGGAAAAAGUGCUGAUGGCAGAGGUGUGCUGGUGCAUCCUGCCCGGACCUGAGAGUGACUCCCCCCUCCUUGUUUCCUCCUUCCUCUCUGCCCUGUCUCCUUAUCCCCUCUCUGACCCUGUCCCCUCCUCCUUCACUCUCCCCUCUCUCUCUCUCCCUCUCUCUCUCAUGCUAUCGCUCUCUCCCUCUCCUCCCACAGGCAGACCAGGGAGAGCAGAGCGUCUGGGUCGCAUCUCCGUCUCUCUCUUUCGCUCUCUGCCAUCCCUCUGUGCUCUCCCCGGCUCCUCUGUUUGCCAUUCUGCAGCUGAAACCCCGUUAGGAAAUUCCCCGAGCUCGGCAUCAGAGGCAGGACACAGGAGCAGGGAAGACUGCGGGGGAAUUUGGGAUCUCUCAAAGAACUGAGGAGUCUUUUGUUCUUUUCACGCUUUUGAUGAUUGACCUGCUUCUCUUCUACAAGGAAAGACUUUAAAUGGGAGACUUGACGUGAGAGAAAAAGAAACAGAAUAAAAAGCUUUUGCAGCUUUAUUUUGCCUCACAGACCAAAGUGAUGCAGAAGGAGACACAGUGUUUGGAAGUAAGCAACUGAAGAUCUCCAUCUCCAAGAAAAGAACUGCUAAAGAAACCUGGACACAGACAUUGAAUAGAAGAGGACGCUGAAUCAAGAGAUUUAAAACAAAACGCUCUUUGAGACUUCCCUGCCAGUCUCCGUCUCCACUCCUUCUGUCCCAUCUGUACUUUUUUCCUCUGUAUUAUCGGGCUCUGCUCCCUCGACUGAAGCUCAGCCAUGCAGGUGUCCAUCGCCUGCACGGACCACAACCUGAAGAGGGGGAAUGGGGACCACAGCAAGAGCGCCACCAGCCCCAACGUGGUGAACCAAGCCAGGGCCAAGUUCCGCACCGUGGCCAUCAUCGCUCGCAGCUUCGGCUCCUUCACUCCACGGCACAUCUCACUCAAGGAGUCCACGGGGAAGCACACGGGCAUGAAGUACAGGAACCUUGGAAAGUCAGGACUCAGAGUAUCUUGCUUAGGACUCGGUACAUGGGUGACAUUUGGGGGACAGAUAACAGACGAGGUUGCAGAGCAGCUAAUGACGAUUGCCUAUGAGAGUGGAGUCAACCUGUUCGACACAGCUGAGGUCUACGCAGGCGGCAGGGCCGAAAUCAUUCUAGGAAACAUUAUCAAGAAGAAAUGCUGGAGGCGAUCCAGUUUGGUCAUUACAACUAAACUCUACUGGGGAGGAAAAGCAGAGACGGAGAGAGGACUGUCCAGGAAACACAUUAUUGAAGGUCUCAAAGGCUCUCUACAAAGGAUGCAGUUGGAGUAUGUAGAUGUCGUUUUUGCCAACCGCCCUGACAGCAAUACUCCCAUGGAGGAGAUCGUUCGAGCCAUGACCUAUGUGAUCAACCAGGGUAUGGCGAUGUACUGGGGGACGUCUCGGUGGACGGCCAUGGAGAUCAUGGAGGCGUAUUCGGUGGCAAGACAGUUUAAUCUGAUUCCUCCGGUGUGUGAGCAGGCAGAGUAUCAUCUCUUCCAGCGGGAGAAAGUAGAAGUGCAACUGCCUGAACUUUACCACAAGAUAGGAGUUGGGGCGAUGACGUGGUCACCGCUGGCGUGCGGCAUCAUCACAGGAAAAUAUGAGAAUGGCAUUCCUGAAACUUCCAGGGCUUCCAUGAAGUCGUAUCAGUGGUUGAAGGAGAAAAUAGUGAGUGAGGAUGGAAGGAAGCAACAAGCCAAGCUGAAAGAGCUCAACCACAUUGCUGAGAAGCUGGGCUGCACUCUGCCUCAACUGGCUGUGGCGUGGUGUCUAAGAAACGAAGGAGUGAGCUCAGUUCUUCUGGGAACGUCUAACCCUGAACAGCUCACGGAGAACCUCGGGGCCAUACAGGUCCUUCCCAAGAUGACGUCUCACGUGGUGUCUGAAAUCGACCACAUCCUGGGCAACAGGCCGUACAGUAAGAAGGACUACCGCUCUUAGACCAGGCUGGUGGGACUUACAGAGGUCAGCCUUCCUACUCACCUUCCUACUUAACCAUACUGCUACCAUGGACCCACCGUUCAAUGUUUAAGUCCAUGGUUCUCUCAGCUCCAGCUCCACUUCAGCCUGGAGCAGAGAGCCUCGCUAUAAGCCCAGCAUCGUCCUGCUCCAAUCAGCUCUACCAGGUUCAUCUCAGGUCCAGUCCAGUCCAGCUCAGCCAGGAGACGCUUACCAACACUCAGCUUUUUGCAGCCUCAAACGCAACUUAGUCCAUCCGAGUGAGUCAAAACCAAGGUUUAACCCUUCCAACACCGGUCCAUUCUAAUAUAACUAUGCAGAGCUUAGUAUCCAUGCCCAUCUAGAGCACUACAUCUCGGUUCAACUCCAUCCAGGGGCCUCAUUAAGAAAUUUAAUUAAUUUAUAUCAGAUGACAAGGUAUGCAAGGACAGCUUACACACAUGCACACCAUUUUACCCAUUCACAGUUGGGAUUUGAGCAGUACAGAAUGAAAAGCACUAUGGGAGUAUUUCAAGUAAAAGUGCCUUGCUCCAGGGCACCUUGAUAGUAAUUGUUGAGUGAGACGGUUCUGUUACUUACUCGCUUUUCCGGCCGAUGACUCAGACCCUCAGGUCUCAAGCCUUCCUCUCUAAUGCCCAGACUUCCACCCACAAGUAAUUUAAUUUGAGCACAAAAUUCAUACUGAGCACAUGUUUUAUUCAUGAGAAUCGUACCACAAGCUGAAUGCAUCAAUAUACCAGCACCUUAGACUUGUACAUUAGAGGUGGCUUACUAGGAAAGUAGACACGGAGACGCUUUUGUUGCAUGAACACCCCCGGUCAGUUAGUCAGUGCUUUCAUUCAAUUGCUAUGCAGCACAGCAAAAUGAAUUACCAUGCGAGCUCAAUACUCUCACCUCUUGUGUCAGAGGUGCACGCUGAAGAGUCGUGGGAUAAAAUGUCUUUUUCUUGUGAAAUGUGAGGUUUAAACACGACAGUGCUCAUACUUCUUGAAAAAAAAGAGUGAGGCCUCAACAAACCAGUCCCCUGUUAUCUUGAAUCAGCUUUAAACUACCUACCAAAUGUACUCCUAUAUUUAGUAUAGCACAGUAGAUAUUUUAGGCUGCAAAUCUGGAGUAUAUUAACCAACAGGUGCAUGUUUCUCCUGCUAUAGUGUGCCUCUCUUUACUUUUCUACAAAGCACAUAAUGAAACAACAGAAAGUUUGAGAGUUUGAUCGAAAAAAUACCGCAAGCUGGCCUACCGUCCUGUGAAGCAAAGGAUUGUGGAGCAUCGGUGGAAGAGAGAGUGAAGCAUGUCCCCCCCGUGUGGUCUCUUUCAGGAACUGCUGCUCUGCUUCAGUAGAUUAUAGAAGAGAGAAAUAACGUUUUGCAAGAAGAAGUGGACGACUUUUCUCACAGUUUGCAUUCAUUAUGGAGACGUUUGACUCCUUCUCUGCUUGUGAACUGAACCUACAUCGCUGAUUGCCUCAAUGCAGAAAAAGGACUUUAAAUCUAUAUCAUAAAAGGAUGACUGGCUGGUUAUAACUGCAGAAAUUGCUUGUUAAUGGCACAAAGAGGCAUAUAGGCAAAGGGAUGUGGCAAAGAUUACAGUAUUUAUUCUAGAGUAGAUAAUAGAUAUAAAUUUAUUUUGACAUUUUGAGAUAUUGUUUGGAGAAUUUAUGGGGAUGUACAUAAAAUGUUAAUGCAUACCUUGUAACAUAAGCAACACCAUGAAGAAGCCUCUCAUGCACAUGAGGACUUCCCAGUACUGUAUGGCUAAUAUAUAAAUAUAAAUAAGAUGUAAAUAGAGUUAUUUUGUUGCAGAAUCACUGCAGUGUUUGAGUCGCUCUUCAUCCCAUCCUGACUUUACACUGUCACACAAUUCAUUUCUUGGCUCCUGAACGAUAUUUCAUAGAAGCAUUCAUCAGUUUUCUUUGUUCUUUUGCAUCGUGACGUCAGAUUAUAAAAUCUGUAUUAAUAGCGGCAUUAUUUAAAGCAGGAGCUUCUGAAACUAAUGAGCUUCUGUUAAGCGUUGACCUUGACUCAUUAUCUCUGACCAGGUGGCUCAGCUCUCACAGUUCAUGUUGUUCUUUUUCAUCUGGAAAAACAAGCCAUCGCAGAGAUCAGCAGAAAUGUUGGCCAGGUUCCAGUUGAGUCGCUGUCUUGUCCUCGGUGUACAUUUGUUGACUUGUAGCACAAACACCCUCCGGAUUGGAAUCAAAGAAAAAGGUUUUUUAAGCUGAUGUAGACUUUUGCCAGAAAUGGGAAAGCAUCGAUGAGCCAUGUUUGGCUCAUGGUUAUUUUAAGAAGUCUGGCCUUGGAUAAUGAACAGACUUCCUCCUGACUAUUUGCUUUUACUUGGUGUUACAUACAAAGAAGUGUGACCUGACCUCCUCUUAGUCAUCAUUGUAAUGCAAAACAACAGCAAUUUAAUGACAAAAAAAACAUCCAGAAAAGCAAUUUUUUGCCUUAGAAGACAUAUUACUUAAAGCCAUUUGACUCUACUUAGGGCUGGGCGAUAUGGCCAGAAUCUUCUAUCAUAUAUGUCAUUUCAUAUCUCAAUAACGACAUAUAUCAAGUUUUCUGGUAUGUCAAUAAAUAAAGUCUAUAUGAAAUAACCACAUGGUAAAGCCUAUAUUUGCAUACUUUUAUGUGAAGUAAAUACUUGAC